AUGACCAAGCGAACCAAGAAAGUCGGUGUGACCGGUAAAUACGGAACGAGAUAUGGUGCCUCUCUUCGUAAACAAAUCAAGAAGAUGGAAAUCACUCAACAUGCUCGUUACACCUGUACAUUCUGUGGAAAGGACUCCGUCAAGAGGACAGCUGUAGGUAUUUGGGAGUGCAAAGCUUGUCGCAAAACGAUUGCUGGGGGUGCAUGGACCGUCUCAACCACAGCUGCUGCCACUGUCCGAAGUACUGUACGUCGAUUAGCAGAACUCAGGGAAGCAUAA